AUGGGUGCCACGAGAAGAUAUUUAUUUGGAAAGGAGGAGCGAGAUGUGUUCGCUGGUCGGCGCGCAGCAGCUGUCAAGCAGAAUCCAGGCUUUGUCCCUAGGAUCUAUAUAAGACGUUCUGAGAAACGAACAGGGUACCACGAUUUAACUGCAUCUGUUUUCGCUUAUUCAUGCCAGAAUUUUGUCAUUUCGAAAUGGGCCCCACGCAAGAAGCCAUCUACUACUUGCAAAGCUACCCGACAGGCUUCUGCGAUAUCCUUUGUGCGGUAUGGACUGCCAUAUGCAGAAAAAUCGACGGCGAAAUUUUCUGCUCGACCUCGGUUACCUGUGACAUCACGUCCUUCAGGUCAGCCGUUGACAGCGAAAGCCACCAAGAGGGAGACCACCGCCUUGCAGCAGUUCCGUUAG